AUGGGCGGUACCGGAAGGCUUUAUAAAAAAAAAGCCAGGUACCAUGUGAACUUCAGCAGAGAAAAGUCUCUGAGCCGGAGGAAGUCGCUUGUAAGGAUGGCAGAAAAUGAUGUUGAGAAUGAGCUGCUAGACUAUGAGGAAGACGAGGAGCCCCAGACUGCUCCAGAGACUGUACAGCCUGCUGGUAAAAAGGACGUCAAAGGUUCCUAUGUGUCCAUCCAUAGUUCCGGCUUCAGAGACUUCCUGCUCAAACCCGAGUUGCUCCGAGCCAUAGUUGAUUGUGGCUUUGAGCAUCCAUCAGAAGUUCAACACGAGUGCAUUCCUCAGGCAAUUCUUGGUAUGGAUAUUUUGUGCCAAGCAAAAUCUGGUAUGGGGAAGACUGCCGUGUUUGUUCUGGCUACUCUGCAACAGAUUGAACCGGUUGAUGGUCAGGUGUCUGUGUUGGUGAUGUGUCACACGCGAGAACUGGCUUUUCAGAUUAGUAAGGAAUAUGAGCGUUUCUCCAAAUAUAUGCCCACUGUGAAAGUAGCAGUAUUUUUUGGAGGGCUGGCAAUCAAAAAAGAUGAGGAUUUGCUAAAGAAGAAUUGCCCUCAUAUUGUGGUGGGCACCCCUGGCCGUAUCUUGGCUCUGAUUCGCAAUAAAACGCUCAGCCUGAAGAACGUCAAGCACUUUGUCUUGGAUGAGUGUGACAAGAUGCUGGAGCAACUUGACAUGCGCAGAGAUGUGCAAGACAUCUUCCGGCUGACUCCCCACGAGAAGCAAUGCAUGAUGUUCAGUGCCACGCUUAGCAAAGACAUUCGGCCCGUCUGUCGCAAGUUUAUGCAGGAUCCCAUGGAAGUUUUCGUUGAUGAUGAAACAAAGUUGACCUUGCAUGGUCUUCAGCAGUACUAUUGCAAGCUAAAGGAUAGUGAAAAAAACAGAAAGUUGUUUGAUUUGCUUGAUGUGCUGGAAUUUAAUCAGGUGGUCAUCUUUGUGAAGUCAGUCCAGCGUUGUGUCGCCCUUUCACAGCUGCUGGUAGAGCAGAAUUUCCCAGCAAUUGCAAUUCACAGAGGCAUGACUCAGGAAGACCGGCUGUCACGGUACCAGCAGUUCAAGGAUUUCCAGAGGCGGAUCCUGGUUGCAACUAACCUAUUUGGCAGAGGAAUGGACAUUGAACGGGUUAACAUAGUGUUUAACUAUGACAUGCCAGAAGAUUCCGAUACUUACCUGCACAGAGUAGCCAGAGCGGGCCGUUUUGGAACUAAAGGUCUGGCUGUAACAUUUGUAUCCGAUGAGACAGAUGCCAAAAUUCUGAAUGAUGUGCAAGAUCGCUUUGAGGUCAACGUGGCAGAACUCCCAGAGGAAAUCGACAUCUCGUCAUAUAUUGAGCAGAGUCGAUGAAAGCCAUACUAUUGAACCUUCCAGCUCAAUGAACUUCUGUUGAAUUUUGUUUCCCUCCACCCCAAACUUUUUAAAACUUUUUU